AUGGCCGAGCUGGGCAGCAAGGGGGUCACUGCCGGGAAGAUCGCCAGCAACGUCCAGAAGAAGCUGACCCGGGCCCAGGAGAAGGUCCUUCAGAAGCUUGGGAAAGCAGAUGAAACAAAAGAUGAGCAGUUUGAGCAGUGCGUCCAGAACUUCAACAAGCAGCUGUCUGAAGGCACAAGGCUGCAGAAGGACCUCAGAACUUACUUGGCUUCUGUAAAAGCCAUGCAUGAGGCCUCCAAGAAGCUGACAGAGUGUCUGCAGGAAGUUUAUGAGCCAGAGUGGCCUGGGAGAGAUGACACAAAUAAAAUAGCAGAGAACAAUGAUCUCCUCUGGACGGAUUUCCAUCAGAAGCUGGUGGAUCAGGCGCUUCUGACCAUGGAUACCUAUCUUGGCCAAUUUCCAGAUAUUAAAUCUCGUAUAGCGAAGAGAGGAAGGAAGCUUGUGGAUUAUGACAGUGCCAGACAUCAUUUUGAAGCCCUACAAACUGCAAAGAAGAAGGACGAAACCAAAAUUGCAAAGCCUGUCUCGCUGCUUGAGAAAGCCGCGCCCCAGUGGUGUCAAGGGAAGCUCCAAGCUCACCUCGUUGCGCAAACUAAUCUGCUCCGAAAUCAGGCUGAAGAAGAAUUAGUAAAAGCUCAGAAGGUGUUUGAAGAGAUGAAUGUUGAUCUGCAGGAGGAGCUGCCUUCACUAUGGAAUAGUCGUGUUGGUUUCUACGUCAACACAUUCCAGAGUAUAGCAGGUCUGGAAGAGAACUUCCAUAAAGAAAUGAGCAAGUUGAACCAAAACCUCCAUGAUGUUCUGCUGGGUCUAGACAAGCAGUACUCGGGCAAUGCCUUCCCUGUUAAAGCACAGCCCAGUGACAGCACCCCAGCGAAAGCAAAUAAAAGCCCCUCGCCUCCACCCGAUGGAUCACCCAUCACCAGCCCUGAGACCAAGACUGUCAACCAUGAGCUGGAACCAUCCACUUUGGAAGCACCUGGGGCAAGCAUCCCAAAGUCACCAUCUCAGUUGAGGAAAGGGCCUCCGGUGCCUCCGCCUCCAAAAGUCACCCCCUCCAAGGAGAUCAAGCAGGAGAACAUCAUCAGUCUGUUUGAUGACAAUUUUGUCCCUGAGAUAAGUGUGACAACCCCUUCGCAGUUUGAUGCCCCUGGGCCCUUCCAGGAGGGAGCCAGCCUGUUGGAUCUGGAUUUUGAUCCCAUUAAACCAGAUGCCACUGUGGGGAAGACCCCCACACCCGCCUCCCAGUCUUUACCUUGGGAUUUAUGGGAGCCUGCAGAAGCAGCCCAUGCAGGAGCUGAAGCAGCUGGAUCAGAAACAGCAGCUGGAGCUGAAGCAUCUAAAACUGAAGCUGAUUCGGGAUCGAGCUCUCUGCCUGCUGUUGUUGUGGAAACUUUCCCUGCUACUGUCAAUGGCACUGUGGAAGGAGGUGCUUCAUCUGAGAGAGCUGAUAUGCCUCCAGGGUUUCUGUUCAAGGUCCAGGCCAUGCAUGAUUACACGGCUACUGACAGUGAUGAGCUGCAGCUGAAGGCUGGGGACGUGGUGCUUGUGAUUCCAUUUGAGAACCCUGAAGAACAGGAUGAAGGAUGGCUGAUGGGAGUGAAGGAGUCUGAUUGGAUCCAGCAUAAGGAACUUGAACAGUGCCGAGGGGUUUUCCCAGAGAAUUUCACAGAGCGGGUGCAGUGAAAGCCCAAGCCCACUGGAUGCAUUUCUGCUGGAAGAAAGCAAGUUUUCUAGUAGAUAAUUGAAAAAGAACAGCGAAAUGAAAAUGAGAGAAUUUUAAGGGAACUGAAGUCUGAAAAAAUAGUCAACUUAAAGGGUGUGGUGUUCUCAAAGGGCAAGGUUUCAGAAGUAAAUUGAAGUUCAAAGUGUUAUUGAAAUAUAUACAUAUUAAUAACAAUAAGGCAAGUCAAAUUCCCUCUUCCCCCUUUGGUUUUAAGACCAUUUGGAUUCAGAGGACUGAUGCAGAAGUGACUCAGUGUGGUUCUCUAAAUACUGCAUGGAUUGAAUUAGCAAGACGUCAGUCUGAUCCCUGGAGAGGCAGUAUUUGUCUAAUGG